AUGCUUAUUCCAACAGAAGACAGAAAGAAGAUUCACCAAUACCUCUUCCAAGGUAUGUAAUGAUUGUAACAGAGUACUAAGUUCGGUUCAGAUUCAAAGAUGGAUGAAUGGUGAAAUAGGAAAUAGAGGCCACAGACAGUCGAAAACAAGUCGAAUGAAUGAAUAAUAGGAAUAGAGACUCCGUGAGAGAAUGUAGUGGUAAUUUACAAAGAAAUUAGGAAGAUUGGAGUGAUUAGUCUGUUUGGAUACGAAAUUUUCUUAGGGGUCGUAGGGCCAUAGGAGGUUAAAUUGGCCUCAUGCGAUGACAGGACAAUAGCUGGGAACAAGAGACAGUUUGAAAAUGAACAGAGACAGAGUUGACGAUUUUUGAUGAUUUUGAAUUUCGUCAGCAUGAUGAGCCUUUGUUCAUUUUUGACCAUUUCUGGGCCUGGUUGUUGGCCAGGCAUUUGUCUAUGAAGUGAACUGAUACCGAACAUUACUGGAAAUAUAUCGUGGACAUAUACUAACUCAUUUAUAGAAGGUGUUGUUGUCGCCAAGAAAGAUUUCGAUGCUCCAAAGCACGACGAAAUUGACACCAAGAACUUGUUUGUCAUCAAGGCCUUACAAUCCUUAACCUCUAAAGGUUACGUCAAGACCCAAUUCUCGUGGCAAUACUACUACUACACCUUGACUGACGAAGGUGUCGAAUUCUUAAGAAACGAAUUGAACAUCCCAGAAGGUAUCUUACCAUUGACCAGAUUGAAGGGUGCUCCAGCUGAAAGACCACAACGUGCUUCUAGAGGCCCAAGAAGAGAUGGUGACAGUUACAGAAGAAGAGCUCGUGAUUAAAUUACUCAUACUUGAUUAUUUUACUUCAUAUUUAUGAUCUUAGGUUAAUUUAAUUGUUGUGCUUUAUAUAU